AUGGCUGACCAACACAGGCAUCCGCGCCGGGGCCCUCCGGUGUCGUACACUGGUCACCAGCAGGAAGACGAACAAGUCCCAACAGCAGAUAUUAUACAACGAGUCGCGGAUGCCAUGAUUGCCAAUACCCACUCAUAUGCGAGGCGAUACUCGGACAGUUUGUAUCAGAACAGCCAGAGCACUCCGUACCUAGCACGCGAGUCGAGGACGCCCGCGCAGGAGCCGGCAGAUUACUUCAUGAAUCUCGGAGAUUAUAGCAGCACCAGAGACAGAUCGUCACGUCAACAUGGAGGGUCUUCACGAAGUAUGGAAGUGCCACGCCCAGCAAGAGGGCCGUCGCGGGGCAUGGACAUGAGAGAACACAGUCGAGAGCCAUUCCCGACCUUUUAUGCUUUCCCGCCUCCAUCAGAUACCAUGUCUGGGCCUAGGAGAUCAGAACCCGCGAUCCGACCACAUACGGCCUAUCAAGAGCGCGAGAAGGUGGACUCAGACAGAAGCAGCUACUCGUUGGCCAUGGAUCUCCCGCCGCGGGUGGCGAGCUGGUCACCCACGAAUGAUCCCACAGGCCCUCCCAGUGCUCUGUCACGGAGUCGCUCUGAUUCUGCUAGUCCAAUGGAAUUCCCCGACGACAGAAGGAACAUGGGAUACAGGUCCUUGACAGGGACUACUCACACUGACCGGCCAUUCUCGCAUCAUGCUCCUAAGCACCAUGCUCAUGCGCUUUCAAGUGAUUAUGGAAACGACCAUGUUUAUGAGAGCGUCGUUCAAGACGAUACCAUCAGUCCCGUCAAUAAGGUAGGGCCGUUUGGGGCUUCCAACGCCACAACACUACUUCAACCACAGUCGAUCCAGAUGUUAUCUCGCGAUGAGAAGUCGGUGCCAAUGUCGAUCCAGUAUGGACGAUACACAUACAUCCGCGAAGAUGCGCAGGCGGACUGGACAGCAGCAGAGCUACAGAGGCAGCUCAGUGAAAAGCCACCUCCAGAAAAGACCAAGCUGCGAACAUUACUUCACGAGAUUGCAUUUGUCUUCAUCAUUGCAGUCGCGCAAGCGUUGAUGCUCGCCGGAGUAGCUCAGGCUCUCGUGCCAGCCUCCAUCAUUGGGAGCUCGUUUGGCUAUGACAAACCAGCAGAUUUGGCAUGGUUUUCUGCGGCAUACGCUCUCACGGCGGGCACGUUUGUUCUUCCAGCCGGCCGAUUGGGCGACCUGUUUGGCCACAAGAAGAUCUUCGUCAUUGGCUUUUUCUGGUUUGCUAUCUGGAGUUUCAUCACGGGCUUCUCCCAGCAGGUCAAUGGGAACGGCGGUCAGGGUGCCAUCUACUUCAAUAUCUGCCGCGCCUUUCAAGGCAUCGGGCCUGCCAUGCAAGUCCCCAAUGGACAGGCCAUGCUCGGCCGGGCUUAUGAGCCAGGGCCUCGCAAAGCACUCGUCAUGAGUCUCCUCGGUGCCGCCGCCCCAUUCGGCUUUGUGGUGGGCGGCACCAUGGCCAGUGUCUUCUCCGAGCUCGUCAAUUGGCCUUGGGCAUUCUGGUGCUUGGCUGCAGUCUGUGUUGGCUUUGGGUGUCUCUCCAUCUUGGUGCUUCCCAACUCGCCUGUCGAAAAGAGAAGCAAGAGAGAAAGUCUCUGGGUCCAGCUAGAUGCGACUGGCAUCCUCCUCGGGGUGUCUGGUCUCGUGCUCUUCAAUUUUGCCUGGAACCAAGCCGGACUGGUAUCCUGGAGCACCCCAUAUACAUACUUCCUACUCAUCAUAGCACUGAUGCUCUUGGCCGUCUUUGUCUUUGCCGAGCUGCACGCUCCUUAUCCGCUCGUCCCUAUUGCUGCGAUGCAGUCACAGACCAAUUUCGUGCUAGCCUGUACGGCCGUGGGCUGGGGUUGCUUCUCGAUAUGGGUCUUUUACGGCGUGCAGUUCCUCGAGGUCCUCCGGGGUUGGUCGCCCCUAAUAACUUCAGCAGCGCUUGCGCCAGCUCCAAUAACCGGGCUCAUCGCCUCACUGCUCGUCGCCCGCUACAUGAUGCGCGUUGGGCCGCACUGGAUCAUGCUUAUAUCCAUGGUGGCUUUCUUCGUCGGCAGCCUACUCAUGUCUACGGCUCCUGUCAAACAGAUCUAUUGGGGCAACACCUUCUUUUCGAUUCUCAUCAUGCCGUUUGGCAUGGACAUGAGCAACCCAGCCGCGACCAUCAUUCUGAGUAAUAGCGUCGGCAAGCAGCACCAGGGCAUUGCGGCCAGUCUGGUCGUCACCGUCGUCAACUAUAGCAUCAGCACCGCGCUGGGAUUCGCAGCCACCAUCGAGGCACACGUCAACGACGACGGCAAGGACGUCCUAGCGGGGUUCAGGGGAGCACAGUACUUUAGUGUGGGCCUGGGCGUCCUCGGGUGCCUCAUUGCGCUCACAUUUGCGCUCACGACCAUUCGCAGGCAACACGCCGAUGCAGAUCAGCUCAGAGUUCAGGUCCCAGCAACAGAGCCAUUGAGUCGAGAGUCUGAAAGCUACAUCUCCUCCCCAGAGGAUCAGAGGGAAUAA